UUUAUUAAAAUGUCAGAUCAACCUACGGGAGCAUUAGACGCUGUGUUUGUAGAAUCGGUUGAAAUGCCCGAAGGUUCUGUCCUUAUUCAAGGUCCCGACUUUAACAAGAAGCUGUCUCUUUCCCAGUUAUUGGGAGCUUAUAAACAAAUUGGUUACCAAGGCAGCAGUCUCGGCGAGUCUAUUGAGAUUAUCAAGGAAAUGAGAAAAUGGCGCUUGUCGGACGACCCUAUUGAUGCGGAUGAGGCUAAGGAUUUCCUUGACCCAGAAAUUCGUAAAGAAACCAAGUGUAAAAUCUUUUUAGGAUAUACGUCUAACCUUGUAUCUUCUGGAUUACGUGAGAUUAUUCGAUUCCUUGCACAGCACAAGAUGGUGGAUGUGAUUGUUGCUACAGCUGGUGGCGUGGAAGAGGAUUUCAUCAAAUGUCUUGCACCCACAUACCUUGGAGAUUUUGCUUUGGAUGGUAAAGACCUUCGUAAAAAGGGUCUGAAUCGUAUUGGAAACUUAUUGGUGCCCAACAAUAAUUACUGUAAAUUCGAAGAUUGGAUUAUUCCUAUUUUAGAUGCCAUGUUGGCAGAACAAAAGGCUGAGAAUAAGAUUUGGACGCCUUCUACCAUGAUUCAUCGUUUAGGCAAUGAAAUCAAGGAUGAAUCUAGUAUCUAUUACUGGACUUCAAAGAACAACAUUCCUGUCUUUUGUCCUGCCAUCACAGAUGGAUCCUUGGGUGAUAUGAUUUAUUUCCAUUCGUAUAAAAACCCAGGCUUGAUUGUGGAUAUUGCUGCAGAUAUCAGAGCCAUGAACAACGAAGCUGUCUUUGCCAAAAAGACAGGUAUGAUCAUUUUGGGAGGUGGUAUUAUUAAGCAUCAUAUCUGUAACGCCAAUUUAAUGAGAAAUGGUGCGGAUUAUGCUGUCUAUAUUAACACAGGUCAAGAAUUUGAUGGUAGUGAUGCAGGUGCUCGUCCUGAUGAAGCCGUUUCUUGGGGUAAAAUUAGAUUAAAUAGUAAAUCCUGUAAAGUCUAUGCAGACGCAACCAUUGUCUUCCCACUUAUCGUAGCAGAAACAUUUGCUAAAGAAUUGCAUCAAGAAGAACAAUAAAUAUAUUAUAUUUUAUUUCAA